AUGGAACACAAGCUCAAACUCUGGAAAGAAGAUAAAUCUGAAUCGGUGAAUCCCACAGAGUAUCGAAGCAUAGUUGGUGGACUGAGGUAUCUAACUCAUACCAGGCCAGACAUAUCCUUUGUUGUGGGAAUUGUAGGUCGAUUUAUAGAGAAUCCAACUGUGAAUCACCUACAGGAAGUGAAGGGUAUCUUAAGAUACAUAAAGAGCACAUUGAAUUUUGGUCUGAAGUACUUAAGAGGAAAAGAAAAUGUCACACUAAAUGGGUACACAGAUAGUGACUUAGCAAAUGAUGUCAAUGAUCGAAGAAGCAUAGGAGGCAUUGCGUUCUAUGUGAAUGAGAACUUGAUCACAUGGGCAUCACAGAAGCAGAGGUGUGUGGCACUCUCUACCUGUGAAGCCAAAUUUAUGGUUGCCACCAUGGCAGCCUGCCAAGGAAUUUGGCUUAGAAGACUAAUCAGUGAGAUAACCGGACAGAAGAUGCCACCUGUUGAACUGAAGGUUGAUAACAAAUCAUCACUAGAUUUAAUGAAGAACCCGGUCUUCCAUGGCAGAAGUAAGCACAUAGAUAUCCGGUUCCACUUCAUCCGAGAAUGUGUUGCGAAUGGGGACAUUUCAGUCACACAUGUUUGCAGCAAGGAACAGAAAGCUGAUGUCCUAACCAAGUCAUUGGGAAGAUUGAAGUUUGAGGAGAUGCGAAGUCUCCUUGGAGUAGUGAAGACAUGA